AUGGAGUCGUUUGAAAACCACUCAGGGACAGACUACCAUAAGAGGGCGACUGUUGACGCCCAAAGUUUUCUCGAUGUGAUGACAGGCAACGUGGACAGCAGCCAGAUGCAGCUCAACAAGCAAGCCAAAGAAGAGCACAAAAGCAACAAAGCCAAGCUGUGCGCGAUCGUUGAGACUGUUCUGCUAUGCGGCAGACAAGACCUGGCACUCAGGGGUGACAAAGAUUCUGGGCGGCUGACUCUGGAAGAAUCGGUCAAAUACGACGGCAAAUUCAGUGCACUGCUUCGCUACCGAGCAAACGGAGGGGACUGCACCUUGGCUGAGCACAUUCGGACAGCCGGAAACAAUGCUCUCUACACAAGCCCUACAAUCAAAAAUGAGAUCACUUCAAUAAUCGGGAACCUAAUACAAGAUAAAAUAGUGGAAGCCGUACAUAAAGCCGGAUUUUUCGCGGUGAUAGCUGAUGAAACGUCAGACGUGUCGCAAACCGAGCAAUUCUCCUUGUGCGUGAGAUACGUGGAGCCUAGCACCAUGACAAUACGAGAAGAGUUCCUUUGUUUCGUGGCCGUCGAGGAUGUUUCUGCUUCCAACUUGGCUCACACACUGAAACACGAGCUUCUAAAACUUGGGUUGAAUUUGAAGUUGAUGAGAGGUCAGGGGAUACGAUGGUGCCGCGGCUAUGAGUGGGGCAUUCCGCGGUGUGCAAGCGCUGAUUCGCGACGAAUUUCAACUGCGUUGUACAGGCACUGCUCAUCGCACUCCUUCAAUUUCUGUCUAAGUGACGCCUCGGCUGUUCAAGACAUCAAACGGGCCUUUGGCACAUUCAGCGACAUUUGCUAA